AUGUUGCAUCAUGAGAAUAAAAGUUCAGAUAAUGCCCUUACUUCUAGUUCAAUAUAUUCAAAUAAGAAACAAAAAAAUUAUAAUUCUAGCUUUGAUGAAAUAUGGUUAUUUUACAUAAAAGGAUCUAGUAGAAGUAAUAAACAUUAUAAAGUAUUUUGUUAUUAUUGUUUAACUGCUUGGAAACAUGGAAGACCACAAGUUAUAAAAGCAUAUUUGGCCAAUCACUAUGCAGAUUGUUCUGAAGAUAUUAGUAAUUAUUGGCACCAAAAGUUAAUUGAAGAAGCUAAUAUGAUUCAAG